CCCAUUCUCGCUGCAUAAAAUGAGAUUAUUUUUAACGACUGCGUCUCCUCUGCGCGCUCGACUCGAAACGUUUAGUGAUAGCGCACUUCUUUAGGCUUUACUUUCGAACCAAUCAGAUAAUCAAGCUAGUUCUGAGGAAGCCUGCAAGCUGGAGAUGUGUUCAUGCAUGAAAGGAAACGUUCGGACCCUCUUCGCAGCAUUCUACUGUAACGAGGAUGCAACUUGGUCUGCCCGGAGCAACAUGGAUUCUCAUCCUGGCUGUGGCGGCGAUCGCUGCGUCCUCUCCAGCUCGGUCGAGGCCCAAGCGCGACGUCUACUAUGACUCCGCCGUUGACGCCGGGGAAGAGUACCUGCUCAGCCUCCUCCGCAACCGCCUCAGCCAUCCUGCCCUGCUCGAUCAACAGAAGCGGGCCGGCGGUCUUCUGGACUUCGGCGUGUCUCGAGGUGCGUCCGGAGCCGAAGCGGCCAAGGCCCGCCUGGGACUCAAGCUGGCCCACGACCCGUACGGACCCGGAAGGCGUUGAGGUCGAAGCUCGUAACUUGCACCCUGUGCGCACACACGAUAAAUCAACGCGGUUAAAUAUGUUGGAAAAGAAGAAAGCUACAAGGCCCCCUGUCGUGCUUCUCGGUUACGCCAGUUCCGCUACGACGGCGUCGCGAGAACUGGCACGCUGAAAUAGGCGCUGCGCUGCGAUAACUUAACUUAGGCUGAACUACGCUUCUGUGAAGCACUUCAGUGUGGGCGCUAUACUUGUUCCAUUUAUGAUUGUUCUAAAAAGCAUCAAUGGACUUAUGACUAAGUUGCAACGUUCUGCCAUGAUUUAAUCGUACAUUUUAUCGGACUUGUACACACUGAGGUCACUUUACUAGGUAUGUAGCAUCAGUUGCACUGAAUCAUGAAGCGAAACUAGAGAGAUUUCAUGUGUUCAAUAGGUUCUUUUCUUUUUCGUGUCAAGGUAGCGACAACUCGAAAAUAUUGCAGGGUGUUGCUUCUGUUACAGACGCCCGGUGAUGCUACUUUUGAAAUUGCGUUGUACAUAUGCAUGGCAAUAAAGGCAGUUGGUCUCUUCGCAAAAAGUAGUAGUAGUGACAACUCUAACACUGAUCUAAGAAACCACACUGAUUCGCACUUUCUCGGUGUUCGACUCGGUUAAACCGCGAAUUCUAUCUUGCACGUAUUCGAUUCCCGUCGUAUCAUUUUCUUUUCGCUUGUGAAGCAAGCCUCCUGUUUUCGACGCCUCACAUUGUUCGGUUUGUGUGAAGUACAUGAACAAAGUAAUGACACGCAGAUGCGCACUGUGUAAUUUAUUUGUACACAAUAAAGAAACCCAUCGAGCUUAAUCUA